AGUGUCAUGGAAGGUCAUGAGGCUCCCCCUGGCCAGGUUGGGCAGGGAGACAGCGGAAAGGUGCGGUUCCUGGAACAGCAGAACAAGGUCCUGGAGACCAAGUGGCACCUGCUACAGCAACAGGGGUUGAGUGGCAGCCAGCAGGGCCUGGAGCCUAUCUUUGAGGCCUGCCUGGAUCAGCUCAGGAAGCAGCUGCAGCAGCUCCAGGGAGAACGAGGGGCUCUGGAUGCUGAGUUGAAGGCCUGCCGGGACCAGGAGGAGGAGUAUAAGUUCAAGUAUGAGGAGGAGGCCCACAGGCGCGCCACACUUGAGAAUGACUUUGUGGUCCUCAAGAAGGAUGCGGACGGGGUUUUCCUGAGCAAGAUGGAGUUGGAGGGCAAGCUGGAGACUCUGAGAGAAUACAUCUGCUUCUUGAAGCAUCUGAAUGAAGAAGAGCCGGGCCAGCUCCAGACCCAGGUGAGCGACACGUCUGUGGUACUGUCCAUGGACAACAACCGCUACCUGGACUUCAGCAGCAUCAUCACUGAGGUCCGCGCCCAGUACGAGGAGAUCGCCCGGACCAGCAAGGCUGAGGCUGAGGCCCUGUACCAGACCAAGUACCAGGAGCUUCAGAUGUCUGCCCAGCUUCAUGGGGACAGGAUGCAGGAAACGAAAGUCCAGAUCUCUCGGCUACACCAAGAGAUUCAGAGGCUGCAGAGUCAGAUUGAGAACCUCAAGAAGCAGAACGCCAGCCUGCAGGCCGCCAUCGCUGACGCUGAGCAGCGUGGGGAGCUGGCCCUCAAGGAUGCUCAGGCCAAGGUGGAUGAGCUGGAGUCUGCUCUGAGGACGGCCAAGCAGAACCUGGCCCAGCUGCUGUGCAAGUACCAGGAGCUGAUGAGCACGAAGCUUUCCCUGGAUGUGGAGAUUGCCACCUACCGCAGGCUGCUGGAGGGCGAGGAGUGCAGGAUGUCUGGGGAGUGCCCCAGCCAGGUCACUAUCUCCUCAGUGGGAGGCAGCACUGUCGUGUCUGGAGGAGUUGGUGGAAGCUUGGGGAGCACUUGUGGACUUGGUGGCGGGAAAGGCAGCUCUGGGUCAUGCUGCACCAGCAUCGUGACUGGAGGCUCCAACAUUAUCCUGAGCUCUGAGAAGGACCCUGUUUUGGGUUCCUGCUCUGUGUCUGGCUCCAGCUCUGGCUCCAGCUGCCACACCAUCCUGAAGAAGACAGUUGAGUCAAGUCUGAAGACAUCCAUCACCUACUGAGUGAGCCAGCAGCCACCUCUUCCUGAACACAUUUGGCCUGCUCCCCCCAUCAGCUGGCUCUGCACGGCCAAUUCUGUGUCCACUGCCCACAGCCCAAGCCAGCUCACAGCAGAUGUUGCAAAAAUCAAUAAAGUCUCUCCUCCUGCUGUUCUGAAUGCUCUAAGUGCUUGCACACCUCACCCAGCAAAACAAAAGCUGUGUGGCUCCCGAGCCUCCUCUCCUUGGAAGGCAAUCUGUGGCAUAUGUGUGUCCAAACAGGUCCUAUUGGCAUCUCACUCCACCUACCAGCCACUCUAUCAAGGGAUCCUUCAAGCCCUCCAGUGUGUUCCUUGGGGUGCCCUCCAUCUCGCCUACUUCCACUGAUGUUUUAGCUGUGCUUGUAGCUCACUUCCUCAUCAAUUGCCUGUUUUAAGAGGUUCUAGUUCCGACUGGGGGCAGCCCCCUUCCUUCUUCCUGACUGUGCACCAAAUUUUUCUCCUCCUAGGAAGAUUUUCUAAUUCUCAUGUUUAACCUGCUGGGCCCUUCCUGUCCCUGGCAGUCUGGCUGCACCUGUUGCUGUCCCGGGCUCUGUGUCUGUCUGGUUCUGGUCAGGGACUCAGCUUCUCAAUUAGCCUGGCACUCCUGCACCCAGGAUGAGGAUGUGCUCAGCUUGUGCCUAGGGCCUCUGAUGGAGACUGGGGGCUCAAACUCUGCCCCUACCCCCCUUAUCUGUUGGCUCUCAUCUUAUCUUUGGGCAAGUCUGAACAUGAGGCUGGAAACUUCUCCUCCUUCCUCUCCUUCAGGAAACUCUGCAGGAAGCCAGGAGUGUGGGAGUCGGGUGGGGUGCCAGGAGGGGCUGGAAGGAUCACCUUUUCUACCCACCCCCAGCGGCCUCAUGGGUGCUUGCAGUUGCUCUUUCCCCAUUCUUGCUUUCCAGACCCAGGUGGGGGACCUUGCUCAACCUCACACUCCACUGUCUGGGCUGCAGGAGUUCACAUUACACCUGUCCUUGCUUUAGAGGGAGGGCAGGCCUUUCCUCAGAUCCAUGAAUCUCUCCAUCCAAAUUAGGCAAGAAGGCUUUUCAGCUUUGUGUGAAGGAGACAGGAACCGGUGAGGAUGUGACUAGAACUUCUAGGCUUGAAUCCCAGCUCUGCCGUUUCCUAGUGGUGCGACCUUGAUCAAGCGGCUUGACCUCUUCAGUUACCUCAUCUGUAAAAAGAGAAUAAUAAUAAUAUGUACCUCACAGGGCUGUGUGGCGACUGUGCCACUAGGAUCCCAGAAGGAAACGAAAUUCAUCCAAGGUAGUUCAAUUAAAUUGACUUUUU